AUGGAUUCUCUAUUGCAACUCCAGACUCAAGUCGCACACAUUCCUCCUCCAAGACGGCCUCAACCUCAACCUCUCCAAAAUGUUCUCGCCGUCAGCGAUGAUUUGACCGAGCCAGAAGAAAGCUCUUCAUCAAGCCAAGGACCCAUCACCUCACCUAUGGAGAUUGCUAGAUGUUCACGCUGCCAUCGCACUCAAAGCAUCGACAUGUCAACGGGCAAGGCAGCCAACAUGGUCGCUUACGGUCUAAACUCCUUCUAUUGCUUACGAUGUGCCAACAUUACUGGCUUCCUCCAACGCCAGUAG